AUGGGCAGGGCGUACGCUGACACAUAUUUUGGAAUUCCAUACCGAUGUUUCUGUGGUCAGGAGCCCAUCAUCGAAGCAUCAACGGGUGCAUGCACACCAGGUCGAAAAUAUUACGCAUGCCUAGACUGGUUUAAGGAGGGGACUGGACCACAUAUCUGGAAAUGGUGGGACGAUGCUAUUAUGGAGGAAUUCAACCGCGUGAAGAGAAACCUUGACAAGCAUAACGAGAAACUGCAGAUGCUUGCAGGACUCCAAGCUUUUGAUCCUCGUUUGGAGAGUUGUCUCGACACUCUGGAAAUGUCCAUUUACAAGAAUAAUGUUUGCAGUAACAUUAGAGAUAUGACAGAACAGAUAAGUCAGCUUCAACGAGAAAUUGCUAGCCAGAAGGAGCUAUACACCGUUCGAGGUGAUGUGUAUUUGAUUCUUGCUAUUAUGGUUGUGUUUGCUGCCAUUUCAGAUCUCUUCAGUAGAGAGAUGAACUGA